AUGGCUACCUUUUCGAAAGUAAAUUUUAAAACAGUUAAUUAUAACUCGUUUCGCCCUCAUUACCCUAGCACUUUCUACAAGAUAUUAAGUACGUACGCUACUGAAGGUAACGAAACUAGACUUCCAUUGAAAAAAGCUCUAGAUUUAGGUUGUGGGACAGGAGUAGCUACGUAUUCUUUGCUCAACUUCGUCGAUGAUGUUACGGGGGUCGAUGUUUCCCCGCUGAUGAUUGAAACAGCCAAGUCUAUGAUUCCUCAAAGAUGUGAACAGAUGAAUGUGAAUGACACAUCAAGGAUUAAAUUCAAGACUGGUUCUGCAGAAUCCUUUGUGAACCUGGAAACUAAAGGUAUCGAGAACAAUAGUAUUGAUUUGAUAGUUGCAGCUCAAUGUAUCCAUUGGUUUCAAGAUUACAGUAAAUUUUAUAAGAGUUGCGCUUCGUUAUUAAAACAAGGGGGAACUUUGGCAUACUGGUACUAUGUGGACCCUAUCGUUAUUGAUUUUCAGGGGCCUUCAAAGGGAGAAAAGAAAGACGUAUUAAAAAAGGCCUUCCAAAUUUACAACAAAUACGUUUACGACGAUCCAAACUAUAUCGGACCACAUUGGGAACAACCAGGAAGAAAUAUUAUCAAGAAUCUCUGCGUUGAAGUAAAUGAACCUAUUCCUAGAGAUUUAUACUCUGAUAUUAAAAUCCAGACGUACGUUCCUGACUUUGAUGGAAAUAUCAAGCCUACAGAGGAAGACCUUGUAUUGGAAAAGCUGAAUAUGCUGAUCAAUGAUUUUAUUGAUUAUCUCCAUACUUACAGUGGUUUCCAUAACUAUAAGGAAGCUACUGGUGACAAGGAUGAUUUAGUAGAAUUAUUUCUUAACGAAUGUGAAACAGAGCUUGGUUGGGAGAGAGAAAAAACCAGGAUAGAUAUUGUCUGGCGGACGGGUUACACUUUCAUGAAGAAGAAAUAG